AUGGACGAUUGGUUUAAACGUUCAACAGCAUUAGACAAUAAAUUUCGAACAGUCUGUCGGCCAGGUUUAAGAUGGGGUAUACCACUUGGAGUAAUUGUUACUGUUAUAGUAUUUUUGACAGUUAGUUAUACAAUUCAAGUAUUUCGAGCUUGUGAUAGAUGUUAUCAUGAAUGUCCAAUAUUUACACCGAUACCAACUUUAUUGAUAACAUUAUUGUCAACAUACUCAUCAUCAUCAUCAUCAUCAUCAUCAUCAUCAUCAUCAUCAUCAUCAUCAUCAUCAUCAUCAUCAUCAUCAUCAUCAUCAUCAUCAUCAUCAUCAUCAUCAUCAUCAUCAUCAUCAUCAUCAUCAUCAUCAUCAUCAUCAUCAUCAUCAUCAUCAUCAUCAUCAUCAUCAUCAUCAUCAUCAUCAUCAUCAUCAUCAUCAUCAUCAUCAUCAUCAUCAUCAUCAUCAUCAUCAUCAUCAUCAUCAUCAUCAUCAUCAUCAUCAUCAUCAUCAUCAUCAUCAUCAUCAUCAUCAUCAUCAUCAUCAUCAUCAUCAUCAUCAUCAUCAUCAUCAUCAUCAUCAUCAUCAUCAUCAUCAUCAUCAUCAUCAUCAUCAUCAUCAUCAUCAUCAUCAUCAUCAUCAUCAUCAUCAUCAUCAUCAUCAUCAUCAUCAUCAUCAUCAUCAUCAUCAUCAUCAUCAUCAUCAUCAUCAUCAUCAUCAUCAUCAUCAUCAUCAUCAUCAUCAUCAUCAUCAUCAUCAUCAUCAUCAUCAUCAUCAUCAUCAUUAUAA